AGAGCGAACCUCAAAAUGUGCGGCCUGCAUUGCAAAAAGGACACAGAAAUUCUUCCUUGACUGCAUAUAGGGAGCGCAUGCAAGGGUCGUUCCAGCCGUCACUCCACGAAUUGUUCGAAAAGGAUGAGAAGAGAACAACGAGAGAGUACCGCUACAAAACCCAACGAAGGCGUCUACUGCGCUUGACCAUUGGGGAAUGGGUCAACACACUCAUCCUUUGUGUAGCUUACUUUGGGAUCCUGUAUGGCUACUCCAAGAAACCCACCAUUGACAAGACUCAACGAAGAGUGUUCAAUGCCUUAACAACAGGGAACUCGCUUCUCCUAGGUGUCAAUCUGGCCGCAUCUCUCAGGAGCUACGCAAAACUCCUCCGCUGGCGUAUGUUGGCGGUAUGCUAUCGGCCGCUCGAAACCUUCGAUCUCGUCAUGGGGUGUGACUCGCUAUGGAAUGUCGUGCAACUUUUGUUGAAGGCUCGGAACCACAGAUACAAGCACCUGCCAUCGAGAACACAGAUAUUCUGUUUCCUUUGGCUGCUAGUUCACCUGGCGGUCACUAUCCUUGUGGGCAUCAUUGGUUUAAACUAUAACCUCAAUACCUCUCCGGAUGACAUACUCUAUAAGCACGGAAACGUCAGUAUUCUGGAUUUGAAUGCACUGUCGACGGGGUACUAUCUUUACGAUCUCAGCAAUGUCCAUGAGGAGGGAAUUCGAGGCGAUACCACCGGUCUUACGAUCAGCUUGAACGGCACCGAGGUGUACGAAAACAGCUAUUUCAGCGAUAACAGCGGAUACACCCGGUAUUUCUUCCAAGAUGAAAACCCAAAGGAUUUCCUGGUAGGCGACAUCUCAUCACGAUAUAUUGACGUACAGGCUUAUUGCGCCAACUAUACCGUGACUGAAGGCCAAUACGGCAAUCUUUCGUACGUGAUUUACAACGAUGGUGUCAAGAAUGUCAACCAGUCGUUGCCUGAAGUCCCGGGUUCGGGUGGCCUGCUCGUCAUGCCCAAGAUGAACUCGACUUGUGGUCAACGAUGUGUUGAUCUGGAUGCAUUCCAAGCAUACUCGGAGUAUUGGGACGUAUUUGCCGGGAUCUAUUUCACCUGCAACAAUACUGUCUCCCAGGUCGCCCUCAAAAACGGCGCCAACCUCACAUCACAAUAUCUGGUCUCGGACCUUGUGGCCCGCAUGCUCGCCGGGGCGAUCGGGUGGAACGAUAUCGCCCCGGUUGCGUCGCCGGAUGGAGGUCUUGAGGAGUAUUGGCUGUAUGGCAACAAUUCGGACUUUGGCUUCCAAGUAACACCAGGCGCCGACGAUAUGGCCGAUACAAUAUCUACUUUCACUAUGGGCACAGUUUCCUAUCUGGACUCCGACGAAAGCGACGGAAAGAGAAUUAAUGUCACUGGUGGAGAGCAACCCAUUCCUGCUCAGGUCCUUCAGGUGACGUGGAGGUUCGCAGGAUCAAUUUUGGGUGUGAUACCAUUCAUACACUUUGUCACGCUCGUUCUGGUCAUAAUCUGGGCGAACAAAGCUAUCAUCAAAGAUGAUAGCCAUCUUGCCAUUGCGAAGGUCUAUCACUCACUGUUGAACAAAAUGGGUGACAGGGGCUGUUUGCUCCGAGGCGAGCAUAUCGUCGAAGCGCUGGACAACCCUGAAGUCAUAUAUGGUUGGAGAGCUAGCAACGAGAUAGACAAGGCCAGGCACGUUGACAUAUUCGAAAGAGGACAAGGAGUCGAACCAGCAGACGGGCCUUUCGUGGAGGGGGAGUAUGAUGGGUGCAGCAGCUUGUCCACGUCUUCAGAUGAUCAUAGGAAGCAAGGGCAAAGGAGAAGGUAUCGCGACAUCGAUGCCGCAGAGUAUUUUUGAACGACAUGGUCAGUAUGGUUGAGGUUGUCCACAGAAACCGACGACCUUCUCGUGAGAGUUACGCCCGAGUGCGCCAUCCGUGCACUCAAGAUUUCCAUGCAUGGAACACUGGCUAGCUUUGCCUCAGCACCUACAAGACAUACCAGACGGGCAUCCUCGACAGGCACUCACUAUUCUUGACUCCAUCUUCUCUAGUGCUCAUUCGGUGUCUGGACUCCCUGUGAUUCACGUUGCUCAUUGCCCUCGACUUCUUGAGCUCCAUCUCCUUCUUUCAAACACCGAGUGAGGUACUUGUAGUACUAGAUGCUCCGGAAGACCGGAGAUUCGUGUCAGUCAAGUCGCGAGUAUGGGCUGGAUCUGGG